GCAACGUUAUAUCGCGGCAUGUACGUGGUGUCAUUUUGUGCCGACGUUGCGCGAUGCUUGUCGGUCGGGUUUGAAAGCUGAGGGGAGAUUUUGAGAAUGUCUGAGGAAAAGAAAGGCGAGGAGGUUCCAUCGGAGGAGAAGGAGAAGGAGGAAAAGAAAGGCGAGGAGGUCCCAUCGAAGGAGAAGGAGAAUGACGCGGAAGCCGGCGCUAGCGCGGAAGGCGCGGCUGAAGCGAAGAAGGAAGCGAGCGCUGACGCGCCGAGGCGGAAAAGUGCCAGCGAGAAGGAAGGUGGAGAUCAGCCUUCGGAAGUCAAGAAGGAAGGAGCGGGUUCCGAGCAGCCGCCGAAGCGAAGGAGUUCCAAAGAUGGACCGGACGCCAAGAGGAAGUCGACGAGGAAAAGUGUGAAAGCAGCAGCAGGGGACCACGCCGAUGGCGAUCUUGAUGAUGAGGAUGAGGAGAAAGAAGAAGAGCCCAAAAUCAUUUACCCCUUGGAGAAGAAGAUUCAGGAUACUCUUCGAACGGCCUGGACUCUUUUCGUCAAGAAGAAUCAGAAGAAGAAGACCGAGAUCAGCGAAGCAGACGUGCCGAAUGUGAUGCGAUCGAUCGGCAUAAAUCCCACUGAAACACAAAUCAAAACUCUCAUUGAGUAUGCUAAAGGUCAGGAUUUGCCAACUUGCUCUAAAGGGUUUUUGACAUACGAAAACUUUGAACAGCGAAUUGCCGAGACACUACAGAAAGAACCGGAAUUGUGGGUUCGCAAAACCAAAGAGGAAAUUCUCGUUGCCAUGAAUACGCUGUGCGAUAAUAAGAGCCAAAUUGAGGCCGACAAGUUGAAGAAAAUCUUGAUGGCGAAAGGCGACGUGAUGACGGACCCCGAAGGCUCCGCGAUGCUCCGCACGGCUAGAGACAGGGAUACGGGCAUGGUGUACAUAGACGAGUACGCAGAUAUCUUAUCGAAAGAUGCCAUACCUCAGCCUCCGCCAGAUCCUACAGUGUGGUAAUUGUUGAACUGGAUUUGACGAAAAUUGGGCUCGUGUGAAUGGACAGUUCAUCGAAGGAAGAAAGUCUGUGGCUCCAUCUGCUCGAUGAUCGAGAUACUAAUCUCUUGGUUACAGGUAGUGGGACGUCGACCCUCCUGGUCUUCCUAGGGCGAGGAGCCUUGAACACAGAUCGAAGACAUCUGACAUGCAGGUCCCAUCGACGGACGAAGUUAUAAAAUACUUCGAUCGGGUGGACCAGAACCGCUUGUAUAUACUAAGGUGUUCCUGUUGCCAAACACGAUGCAUUAAGCUUGGUGUCGGGUUGGUAGUGUGCGCAGCGUAAAUUUUACUUUGGUGUGAGAAACCUUCGCUUCCUCACUACGUAGACUUCAGAUCACUGACAUGGGAAGUAAGGCUUUUGCCAAGUGAGGCCAAGAAGUUUCUUCGAAUGUCCUGCAGGGUUCCCGGAACCUUUUCGGGCCUGGUAUCUUGAACAACUUCAAUUUCGGUUUCAGUUUCUGAACAAUGCGCUAUUCUUGAGAUCUGUUCCACAUGGCGUCCUCAAACUGGCUAAUCACUCUCAAUGAGAUCAAGGAGAUUAAGAAAAAAUCACUUUCAAGCCGUACAGGACUUUGUAAAAUUGGUAGAACUGUGAGUGCUUUACAUAAGCUUCAAGCUUAGUAGUCCCUCAUUGACCACUCUUUGUAGGGAAUCAUUUGCUGGUCAUGGACAACAGCACGAGCUACCGUUCCAGGAAUAGAUCUUGAAGAAACUGGAUUCCAGAGCUAUGCAACUACUGCGCUUUUAGAUCCCCAGCUUGAGAAGUUUUCUUUCAUCGAUUACAUUCGUGGUCUAUGAAGGUGUCAGGGACCAAUAACGAGGACUUCCAUAAUACAACUAAUAGGUUACACUGUGACAGGUUGCUUCACUGCUGCCAAAAUUUUGUCGUCGAGUUCAAAUUUGAUGUCCUUCUUGUCUCUGCCGAUCUUGAUGUACUCUGCGUACCGCUCUUUCAAGUCCUCUGGCAAAUUGGUCUUGCUUGUCCAGCCCAGCAAUUCCUUGGCAGCCCUCGGCUCGGCAUAAAAGU